CUAUCUUUGUGUAGUAGAAUGACACCAGCUAUUUUAGAGAAGAGUGUAUGAGGGGAGAUAUGUCAGCUGUUCCGCAUUAGGCUUAACCAAAGCGGGAGGGAAAAAAAUUGAGGCACACCGCGCAUCCACUAAAGGGGAACAGGGGGGUAGCACACUGACCUGGGCAUACAACAAACUCCCUCGCCAGACUUUUUCUUGUUAAUCUUUUGGGGAUUUACUUGAGGGAAGACAAAAAAGGACGAUAAAUCUUCAUGGCACCUGAGAGUUUUCGCCAAGUUCCCUCUUUUUACUGAAAUGCAUCUUUUUUUGUCUUCCAUUCUGAGAGAGGAAGAGAAUCACAGUCCCCCAUGUUCCAGCUGGCAACGCUGAAGGUUGAUCUGAGGAGCACCCCUUUCAUGGUUAAGGUCCACCCACUGCCCACCUUGAAGGAUUGAGAUCAACAACGCUCAAUAUGGCAUUGAAAGUAGAGAUUGUGAAAGGUCUUGAGGACGUGGAGCUUCUAGAGACGGAGUCUUGUUCACUGGAGGUGACUCUCAGUCGAGCGUUUGUGGACGGCUUCUGGGCCAAGGAUGGCACACGACUUAAAUCCAAGCCUAGCUGUCGGAUUGGAGCCCAGGGGAAGAAACACGUCUUGACCCUUCCCCGGAUCUCGCUGGGAGAUGCUGGUGUGUUCUCCUUCCAGUCUGAGGGCGUUGAGACAUCGGCUCGCCUUGUAGUCAGAGCCAGGGACAUCAGAAUACUGAGGGGCCUGUUCGAUGAAGACGUAACUGAGAGAGAAAGCGUUUCCUUUACAUGCGAAGUCAACCUGGAGGAUGUAGAUGGACAGUGGUACAUCAACAGCAGCAGGCUAAAGCCAGGGGACAAUGUCAAAAUCAAACAUGAAGGCAAAAAACACACACUCACCAUUAGGUCAGUUAAAGCAGAGCAUGCAGGAGAAAUAAAGUUUUCUGCAGAAAGAGUAUCUUCAACUGCCACAUUAAGUGUAGAAGAGCUCCCAGUUCAGAUCACUAAGCCCCUGAAAGUGAAGAUUGCCAUGUACAAGCACCGCGGCCUGCUGGAGUGCCAGGUGUCCCGCCCCAGUGCCCAGGUCAAGUGGUACAAGAACCGCCGUGAGAUCGUCCCCAGCAGGAAGUUUCAGGUGGUCAGCGAUGACGUGUACAGGCAGCUCGUCAUCGAGGAUGUGGCCUCCUCGGACGAGGACACCUACACCUGUGACGCGGGUGAUGACAAGACGUCGUGCCAGCUGCUGGUCGAGGAGCAGGCCAUCAGCAUAGUGCGAGGGCUCACCUCGGUUGUGGUGACCGAGCCGUCCGAGGCCCAGUUCUGCGUGGAGACCAGCAUCAAGUCGGUGCGGCCCCCGAAGUGGACCCUGAGCGGGCAGGUUCUGGUGGACAGCCAGGAGGUCCAGAUCGAGAAGGAGGGCACCGUGCACUGGCUCACCUUCCUCACCACCGACAGCACCAUGUCCGGGCCUGUGCAGUUCACCUUCGGCAAGAGUAAAUCCACAGCACAGCUAACUGUCAAAGAGCGCCGAUUGACUGUUGUUCAGCCAUUGGAGGACAUCACAACCAAGGACCAGGCAGGCACAGUCACGCUCAGCUGCACCUUUUGUCCUUCCCCUCGUCUGGUGCGCUGGUUCCAAGGAAAGAGCCUGCUGAUAGACUCGGAUAAAUUCAGCAUGAAACGACAGAAAAACCGGGUCGAGCUCACCAUCAACAACCUGAGAGGAGCGGACUCUGGAGAGUACACGUGUCAGGCGGGAGGAACAGAAACCAAGAGCAUUCUCAAAGUAGAGGUCUACAGACUGAAGAUAGUGAAGCACCUGCAGCCUGUGGAGGUGGAAGAAGACGGCUCUGCCACUUUCACCUGUGAGCUCAACCAAGAGGUGUUCAGUGUUCAGUGGUUUCUCGGUGACAAGAUGCUUCACACCAACAACGUCCACCGGAUGAACAGCCAGGGCAAGACCCACACACUCACCCUCAAGAGACUGUCGCCACAACAGACACGGGUGACCUUUAAAUCCACGGGGGUCAGCGAAUCAGUCAUGCUGAAAGUCCGAGAGAGGCCAGCCGUGUUCAUUAGGUCUUUGGAGAACAUGUCGGGUGAGGAGAGGGCAGACAUCUGCCUGCAGUGCGAAGCCUCCAAGCUCAACGUGGACGCCACCUGGAAGAGAGAUGACGUCAUCCUGGGCGCCAAUGAGAAGUAUGAGAUCCUUCAGUCCGGCAGGUCUUUGGCCCUGGUCAUUCACAAUCUGUGCAAGGAUGAUGCAGGGGAGUACAUCUGCGACCUGGGCACCAGCCAGACGAAAGCCACAGUUACAGUCCAUGACCUCCACAUAACCAUAGCCAAGCGGCUGAAGACGACGGCGGUCUUCGAGGGGGACAACUGCAGCUUUGAGUGCGUGCUGUCUCAUGAGCUCCUGGAGGCCGCCACCUGGUUCCUCAAAGACCAGUUGGUGGAAACCAACGGCAGGAUGGUGCUCUCCAGCAACGGCCGCAGGCACAAGAUGAACAUCCAGGAGGCCAUCCUCUCCGACGCCGGAGACGUCCUCUUCUCCAUCAAAGACCUCAGCUGCAAGACCAUGCUCUUUGUCAAAGAGAGGCCAGUGAGGGUGUUCAGGGACAUGCUGAACGUGCAGGUGACCCCGGGAGAGGACGCCGUGCUGAGCUGUGAGAUCACCAAGCCCGAGGCCGCAAUCAGGUGGCUGAGGAACGGGCACCUGAUAAGAGAAAGCCCCAAAUACGAGAUCUCGCAGAAGGAUUACCUGGUGAAGCUCAUCAUUCGCAAUGCUACCACCAUGGACGCUGGAGAGUACUGCUGCGAGGCGGAUGGCAUUGCCACACGGGCCAAGUUGGCAGUCAGAGAUCUUCAGCACGUGUUUGCGAAGGACCUCCGCGACACGCGUGCAGAGGAGAAGAGCAUGGUGGUUCUGGAGUGCGAGACCAAACAGAAGGCCAAGAAGGUGACCUGGAUGAAGGGCCUGGUGGUGAUCAGCAGCGGCAGCAAGUACCUGAUGAAGCAGAAGGGCGUGUUCCUGUCGCUCACCAUCUUCAACCUGGAGAGGAGCGACGGAGACGUCUACACCUGCGACGUCGGCACCAUGCAGUCCAAGGCACUGCUCACCAUCCAUGGUCGUAAGGUGCUGAUCCUGGACGAGCUGGAGGACGUGGAGUGCCUGGAGGGGGACACGGCGAUGUUCCGCUGCCAUAUCUGCCCCAGCGACUUCAUCGAGGUCAAGUGGUACCUGGACGAGACGCAGCUCUACACCAACGACCUGAACGAGAUCCAGGUGAUGGUGGGGGGCUACCACUCGCUCACCAUCAAGCGGCUCGCCAGGAAAGACUCGGGAACCGUCUCGUUUGUGGCCGGAGACAAGCGGUCGUACGCCUCGCUGCUGGUCCGAGAGAGGCGUCCCACCAUUAUCAAGCCCUUGGAGGACGUGGAGGCGAUCGAGGGUGGUGGCCUGGUGCUGUCGUGCCGAACCUCCAAGCCCUGCCACAUCCUGUGGUACAAGGACGGCUGCCUGGUGUGGAACUCUUCCCGCUUGUGGACCAAUCGCUCGGGGAACGAGGCCAAGCUCACCAUCCGCGAGGUGAACGACAGCGAUGAGGGCGUGUACGAAUGCGAUGCUGGAUCAGUCAGCACCAAAGCCAUGGUCACAGUUAAAGCUGUGGCUGCUGAGUUUACGCGUAAGCUGGAGGAUCUGGAGGGCAAGGAGGGCCAGAGUGUUACCCUGGUCUGUGACUUCUCCCUGCCUGGCAUCGCCUUCAUCUGGCGGAGGGGCCACGAGUCACUCAGGGCAGGGGAGAAGUACCAGAUGAAGCAGAAGAAGUUCACCAUCAUGCUCACCAUCAACAACCUCAAGUCUCAGGACAGCGGAGAUUACAGUUGUGUCUGCCGCAACCAGAAGACCACCGCCACCCUGAAAGUCAACGCCAUUCCGAUAUCGUUCAGACGAGAGCUUCGUAACCAGGAGGUGGAAGAGGGCCGCAGCGUGACUCUGCGCUGUGAGCUGUCCCGGCCUGGGGCCGCGUUCGAGUGGAGGAGGGGGGCCGAGACGCUGAGCAGCGGCGGCCUCUUCCAGAUCAGCCAGAGGGAGCAGGUGGUGGAGCUACUCAUCAAGAGGACACACCUAGAGCACAGCGGUGUCUACAGCUGCGUAUGCGGAGACCACCAGACCACGGCCACACUCAAGGUCAACGCCCAGCCGGUGACCUUUAGGCAGAAGUUGCGCAGCGUGACAGUGGAGGAGGGUAGCGUGGUGAGCCUGCGCUGUGAGCUGUCCAAGGCUGGCGCCUCGGUGGAGUGGAGGAGAGGGGACGAGCUCCUCAGCCCAGAUGACAAGUACCAGAUGAAGCAGAGGGACAUCGUGGUGGAGCUGAAGAUCCUGGAUGCCACCGUCCUGGACAGCGGGCUGUACAGCUGCAUCUGUGGCUAUCAGAGGACCACGGCGACUCUCACAGUGAAUAUUAUUCAGGUGACCUUUAAGGAGAAACUCAAGGACCAAGUGAUUGAGGAGGGCAACAAUUUGACGCUGCGUUGCGAGCUCUCCAAGGCCGGGGUUCCCGUGGAGUGGCGGAGGAAUGGGGAGCUGAUCGAGGCCGGGGAGAAGUUCCAGAUGAGACUAAGGCAGGCCACGGCCGAACUCUUCAUCUUCGAGGCCCUGCCCGAAGACAGCGGUGUCUACAGCUGCGUCUACGCAGACCAGAAGACAAAGGCCACCAUCAAAGUCACGAGUGUCCCUGCUACGUUCAUCCAGCCUCUGAGAAGCCAGGAGGUCUUGGAGGGAGGCGAGGUGGUCUUGCGCUGUGAGGUCUCCAAAGCUGGAGUCCCAGUGGACUGGUACAAGGAGAAGACGGUGCUCCUGCCCGGACCCAACUACCAGAUGAAACACGAGGGGAGGUUUGCUGAGCUGCACAUUACAAACCUACAGCCCGAAGAUAGUGGGCCCUUCAGCUGCAUGACAGGAGGACAUAAGACCACAGCUGAAGUCAAAGUGAAUGCCCUUCCUGUGACGUUCAAGCGAGAACCCCAGGAUGUGUCCGCUAAAGAAGGGGACAGUGCCGUGUUCAUCUGUGAGCUCUCCAAACCGGGAGCACCGGUGGAAUGGAGACGAGGGAGGCAGAUCUUGAAGUCUGGGGAGAAGUACGAGAUCAGGCAGGAGGCCAAGCACAACAAGCUGGUGGUGAAGAAGGUGGAGGAGAGCGAUGCAGGCAGAUACAUCUGCAAGACAAAAGAUGUACAGGCUGGAGCUGAGCUGAACGUGAAGGCCCUUCCUCCUACCUUCCUGAAGGAGCUGAAGAACAUGGAGGCGGAGGAGGGCAACAGUGUGACGCUGCGCUGCGAGCUGUCCAAGCCCGGCAUCUCGGUGGAGUGGCGUAAAGCAGCCGAGCUGCUGCGCACCGGAGACAAGUAUCAGACCAGGCAGAGGGACUGCGUGGUGGAGCUGGUCAUCAGAAAGGCCCUACCGGAAGACAGUGGCGUCUACUCCUGCGUCUGCAAGGAUCAAAAGACCGCAGCCAUUGUCUCAAUUACUGCCACCCCUCUGACAUUCAAGCAGAAUCUGAAGAGCCAAGAGGUUGCGGAGGGGAAUACAGUGACAUUACGCUGCGAGAUGUCCAAACCUGGAAUGCUGGUGAAGUGGAAGAAGGAGAAUGAGAUGCUGGUUGCCGGGGUGAAGUACGAGAUGAAGAGAGAGGGAAAGAUAGUGGAGUUGCUCAUCAACGACGCGAGCCUUGAGGACAGUGGCGUCUACAGCUGUUCUGCAGGGGACUUGAAGACCACAGCAGAAGUCAAAGUCAGAGCUCUCCCAGUGAUCUUCAAGCAAGAGCUCCAGGACCAGACCUCGAAGGAGGGUGACAACGUGGUGCUCCGAUGUGAACUGUCUAAACCUGGGGCUCCGGUGGAGUGGAGGAAAGGGAGAGUAGUCCUGACGUCUGGAGACAAGUACGAGAUGAAGCAGGAGGGCAAGUUCACCAAGCUCGUCAUCUACAGCGUAGAGGACAUCGAUGCAGGAAAGUACACGUGCAAGAGCAAAGACUCGGAGUCAAGCGCUGAGCUCACGGUGAAAGUACCCCCUAUCACUUUCAAGAGGAAGCUAUCCAACCUGGAGCUGGAGGAGGGUAAUAGCCUCACACUGAGCUGUACGCUCUCCAAAACGGGCAUACCAGUGGAGUGGAGAAAGGGUGACGAGGUCCUCAGCCCUGGAGACACCUACCACAUCACACAGAAGGAUGCAACCAUGGAGCUCUUCAUCAAGAAGGCGCAGAAAGAAGACAGCGGCGUCUACAGCUGUGUGUGUGGAGACCUGAAGACCAAAGCCAACAUUAAAAUAUUUGCGACCCCUGUCACGUUCAAAUCAAGCCUGAAGAACCAGGAGGCUCCCGAGGGAGGAGUGGUGUUGCUGCGCUGUGAGCUGUCCAAGGCCGGCGUCGCUGUGCAGUGGUGGAAGGGAGAAGAUGAGAUCCUGUCCAGUGCCCAGUACCUGAUCAAACAGGAGGGACGAUUUGCAGAACUGCAGAUCACUAACGUGAAACCCAAAGAUGUUGGGGAGUACAGCUGUGUGAUUGGCGAACAGAGGACCACAGCUGAGGUCUAUGUCAGAGCGGCUGCUUCGGUGUACUUCGAGAAGGAAUUGCAGGAUCUGGAGGCAACUGAGGGCGAGUCCAUCAUCCUGCGUUGUGAACUCUCCAAUCCAAAUGCCCCGGUGACCUGGAAGAAAGACUCCCAAACGCUGAGCCAAGGGGCCAAGCUGACCCUGCAGCAACAGGGCAACACCCACAUACUGGAGAUACGAAGAGUGAAGCCAGAGGACACAGGCGUUUACACUUGCAACACCAGAGGCAAGAUGACCAGCGCCAAACUGAAGGUUAAGGAGAACGUCAAGAUAGUGUCAGGACUGCGGGACCUGACGGUCACCGCUGGGGAGGAUGCUCACUUCAUGUGCGAGGUGUCCCACGACGACUAUGAGGACGGAGUGUGGUGGCUGGGCUCCAGCAUGCUGCAGAAGAACCAGAUGAACCAGAUGAGCUGCCGAGGCCGAGAGCAUCACCUGGUGCUCACCAGGGCCACCACCGAGGAGGCUGGAAUAGUGGCCUUCGCCGCCGGCAGCGAGAGGACCUCGGCUCGCCUGCGUGUCAACAGCAAACCCAAAGUCUUGAUUGAGCAGAAGUUGAAAGACAUGACCGUCUUUGAGGGUAUGACGGCCACGCUAUCCUGUGUCACCUCUGACACGCGGACCCUAGUGUCCUGGAAGAAGAAGAACACAGUCUUAUUGGCGGGAGAAAAGUAUGAGCUGCGCAAGGAAGGAAAGACGAAUCUCCUGCUGAUUCACAGUGUGGAGGAGGAAGACACCGGCCUAUACACCUGUGACACUGGGGACGUGCAGUGCAGUGCUACCCUCACUAUUAAAGAGCACCCCUUACGCUUCCAGGAGGAGCUUCAGAGUCAGGAGGUUGAGGAGGGCGACACAGUCCUGCUGUGCUGUGAGCUCUCCAAAGCUGGCGUGCCGGUGGAGUGGAGGAAGGGUCGGGUGCUGCUGAAGGCUGGUGGGAAGUACGAGAUGAAACAGGAUGGAUGUGAACUGCAGCUGCGUAUACGAGACGUCGGCCCUCAGGACAAGGGAGACUACACAUGCUCGGCAGGAGACUUGCAAACUACUGGCAUUGUCAAAGUAAAAGAGCAUCCUCUGUUCUUCCGAGAGGAGCUUCAAAGCCAGAGGGUCGAGGAGGGCCAGCCAGUGCUCCUGUGCUGCGAGCUCUCUAAGUCUGGCGUGCCAGCAGAAUGGAGGAAGGGUCGGGUUCUGCUAAAAGCUGGCGGGAAAUACGAGAUGAAGCACGAUGGAUGUGAACUGCAGCUGCGUAUCAAUGAUGUCGGCCCCCAGGACAAGGGAGAGUACACUUGUGCUGCUGGGGAUCAGCAAACUUCAGCCAUAUUGAGAGUAAAAGAAAAACCUUUAUUCUUCCAGGAGGAGCUUCAGAGUCAGGAGGUUGAGGAGGGCGACACAGUCCUGCUGUGCUGUGAGCUCUCCAAAGCUGGCGUGCCGGUGGAGUGGAGGAAGGGUCGGGUGCUGCUGAAGGCUGGUGGGAAGUACGAGAUGAAACAGGAUGGAUGUGAACUGCAGCUGCGUAUACGAGACGUCGGCCCUCAGGACAAGGGAGAGUACAUGUGUUGCGCUGGAGAUCAGCAAACCUCGGCCACCUUGAGAGUUAAAGAGCACCCUAUUUACUUUCAAAAAGAGCUUCAGAGUCAGGAGGUUGAGGAGGGCGACACAGUCCUGCUGUGCUGUGAGCUCUCCAAAGCUGGCGUGCCGGUGGAGUGGAGGAAGGGUCGGGUGCUGCUGAAGGCUGGUGGGAAGUACGAGAUGAAACAGGAUGGAUGUGAACUGCAGCUGUGUAUCAGUGACGUUAGUCCUCAGGACAAGGGGGAGUAUAAAUGCUCAGUUGGUGACCAGCAGUCCACUGCAUCGGUCAAAGUGAAAGAGCACCCUCUUUACUUUGAAAAAGAGCUUCAGAGUCAGGAGGUUGAGGAGGGCGACGCAGUCCUGCUGUGCUGUGAGCUCUCCAUAGCUGGCGUGCCGGUGGAGUGGAGGAAGGGUCGGGUGCUGCUGAAGGCUGGUGGGAAGUAUGAGAUGAAACAGGAUGGAUGUGAACUGCAGCUGCGUAUACGAGACGUCGGCCCUCAGGACAAGGGAGAGUACAUGUGUUGCGCUGGUGACCAGAGGACAACAGCUUCUGUCACAGUGAAAGAGCAACCACUCUUCUUCCAAGAGGAGCUUCAGAGUCAGGAGGUUGAGGAGGGCGACACAGUCCUGCUGUGCUGUGAGCUCUCCAAAGCUGGCGUGCCGGUGGAGUGGAGGAAGGGUCGGGUGCUGCUGAAGGCUGGAGGGAAGUACGAGAUGAAACAGGAUGGAUGUGAACUGCAGCUGCGUAUACGAGACGUCAGUCCUCAGGACAAGGGAGACUACACAUGUUCAGCUGGUGACCAGAAAACUUCAGCUUCAGUAGCAGUCAAAGAAUACCCCCUCUUCUUCCAAAAAGAGCUGGAAAGCCAGGCAGUGAAAGAGGGUGAGACAGUCUUCCUGAACUGUGAACUCUCCAAACCGGGAGUCCAAGUGCAGUGGAGGAAGGGUCGUGUUACACUUAGGCCUGGUGGCAAGUAUGAGAUGAAGCACAUCGACUGUGAGGUGCAGCUACGUAUCCAUGAUGUCAGCCCUCAGGAUCAGGGAGACUACAUGUGUUCAGCGGACAGUCAGCAGACCACAGCCUUUGUCCAAGUAAAAGAGGUUCCCCUGGUGUUCCAAAAGGAACUAGAAGAUCAAGAGGCAGAGGAGGGCGACACUAUUGUUAUGUGCUGUGAAAUCUCAAAGCUUGGAGUUGCAGUGCAGUGGAAGAAGGGAAAUGUCUCUCUUAGAUCCGGCUUAAAGUAUACAAUUAAGCAAGAUGGCUGUCAACUGGAGCUGCAGAUUUCAAACAUUAACCCACAGGAUAAAGGACAGUAUACAUGCUCUGCUGGAUCUAUCCAGACCACAGCUUCUGUGAGAGUGAAAGAAGUCAGGCCCGUUCCUAAAGAUGAACCAACACCUCAAACUGCCAAAGCUGCAGUUUCUAGUGUGCACAGUGUUGAUGGUGUAAAUAAAGAUCUUAGGAAAAAAACCUUACCGACACAAAAUGUGGAGAAUGACACUGUAUCAAAGGUCAAGGGAAAUAACAGUUCAGAAGAAAAACUAGGCCCUCAGAGGCCCAUCAAGUCUGUUGAGCGGAGCCAGAGCCAAAGUUCUGUCAACACUGAGGACAAGAGGGUUGUCCAGCAGACAGAGUCUAUCAAAGAGACAGCGAAGAGCAUGGAACAACUGCCAAUUCCUCCAACGAGGCGAAGGAGUCUCAGACCUACUACAGAUGUUCAAAAUGAAGAAUCAGUAAUCACUUCCACAACCAAGCCAGAGGGCGUUGUGCUUGAGGACGCUGAUGCAACACAGAAAAACAAAGGUGUGGUGAGCUUAUCUGUAGUUGAAUCUGUGGCUUCUAUUCAGAAGACGAAGGGGCAGCUCAAAACUCCAACUAAGGUGACCAAACAGGACAGUACCAUUCAGAAAAAAGCUGAACCCACCACAAAAAUAACUGAAGUCGCAAAAGCUAAUGAAGAACCCGUCAACACAGAUAGGAAGGAUGUGAAAGAAGUCAUUGCCCCUGUCAGGAAAAGAAGGAUGUCUGGACAAGUAUCACAAGAGGUCCCAGGAGAAACUCAGAUCCAGAGAAAUGAAGAAGGUAUCAAAAUAACACAGAAACCCCCAGCGGAAUUGAAUGCCACAGUGCAAAAUGAAGAUGAAUCCAUGAAAAUUCCAGAAAAACCUUUGGAAGGUGAGGUCCCUGUUCAGAAGAAAAAUGAGCUUGUUAAAUCAACAACUGAAUUGUCAGAGGUGCCCGCCGCUCCUGUUAGGAAGCGCAGAGGAUCGGUUGCAUCAGUGACACCCCAUGUUCAACAAACAGCUUUGUUUGUGGGUGAAAAAUCCACAGCAGCUACCAAAAUGCCUGUGGAUGAAUCCAUAGCUACUAUGCAGAAAGACAAGGAACCCACAGCCGAGCCUAGAACAGCACCCAGAGCUGCUACCCAUGAUAAUGUAGAACAGUCUUCCUCACAGAAGCGCAAGGAACCUAUCAAAACCUUGAGAAGAGCUGAUGAGGAAUCCAAUUCUUUGGUUAAGAAAAAUGAAGAUGUCAAAACAUUAGCAGGCACACAACCUGACAAGCAGGCAACAGUAUUAAAAGGAAAACCGAUCAUUGCUGUAGAGGAGCAAAAGGAACCCAUGAAAGUUUCUCCACAAAAGGGCGAGGCUGUUCAGAGGAAUGGAGAACCACCCAAGCCUGGAAGAUUACUUAAAGAGGAACCCAUUUCAACUGUCCAGAAGAAAACAGAACAGAUCAAAGCAGCAACAGUAUCUGUGGAUGAAGCUAUUACUGCCACACAAAAAAGCAAAGAACCUAUCAAAAUGUCAAAAUCCGCGGAGGAAUCGGCAUCUGAACAAACUAUUGAACCUGCAAAGGUGCCAAACAAGAAACCCAUUGCUCCUUUACGGAAAUCACGCUCAACAUUAUCUGUGAAUGAACAAACGGAGGAAUGUCAGACAAACAAAGAACCUAUUAAACGGUCGGAAUCGGAAUCUGAAAAAACUAUUGAACCUGCAAAGGUACCAAACAAGAAACCCAUUGCUCCUUUACGGAAAUCACGCUCAACAUUAUCUGUGAAUGAACAAACGGAGGAAUGUCAGACGAACAAAGAACCUAUUAAAUGGUCGGAAUCGGAAUCUGAAAAAACUAUUGAAUCGGCAAAGGUACCUAACAAGAAACCCACUGCUCCUUUACGGAAAUCACGCUCAACAUUAUCUGUGGAUGAACAAAUGGGGGAAUGUCAGACAAGCAAAGAACCUAUCAAACAAUCGGGAUUGGAAUCUGAAAAAAAUAUUGAACCUGCAACAGUACCUAACAAGAAACCCAUCGUUCCUUUACGGAAAUCACGCUCAACAUUAUCUGUGAAUGAACAAAUGGAGGAAUGUCAGACACAAAAAGAAUCUAUCAAACAAUCAGAAUUAGAACCUAAACAAACUAUUGAACAUGCAAUAGUACCUAACAAGAAACCCAUUGCUCCUUCACAGAAAUCACACUCAACAUUAUCUGUGAAUGAACAAGUGGAGGAAUGUCAAAGAAACAAAGGACCUAUCAACCAAUCAGAAUCAGAAUCUGCAAAAACUGUUGAACCUGCAAUAGUACCUAACAAGAAACCCAUUGCUCCUUUACGGAAAUCACGAUCAACAUUAUCUGUGAAUGAACAAGUGGAGGAAUGUCAGAGAAACAAAGAACCUAUCAACCAAUCAGAAUCGGAAUCUGCAAAAACUAUUGAACCUGCAAUAGUACCUAACAAGAAACCCAUUGCUCCUUUACGGAAAUCACGAUCAACAUUAUCUGUGAAUGAACAAAUGGAGGAAUGUCAGACUAAGAAAGAACCUAUCAAACAAUCAGAAUCAGAAUCUGAAAAAACUAUUGAACCUGCAACAGUACCUAACAAGAAACCCAUCGCUCCUUUACGGAAAUCACACUCAACAUUAUCUGUGAAUGAACAAAUGGAGGAAUGUCAGACUAACAAAGAACCUAUCAAACAUCUAGCAAGAGAUACAGUAGAAUCCACCCGAUCUGUUCAGACCGACAGACACCCCAACAAAAUUGCACCAACGUUAAAGGACAAACCCUCUAUUUCUUCAGAGAAAAAGGUGGAACCUAAGCAGUCAACAGCACCUAAUGAAGAGCCCAUUUCGUCAGAGCAGAAAAAAGCAGAACGUAUCAGAGCUGCAACAUCAUCUGUGGAGGAAAUUCCUCCUGCUCAGCAAAACAAAGAACCUUUACAAGAAUUGGUAAAAGAUAUUCAACAAUCCAUUUCUCCAACUCAGAGUAAAAUAGAAUCCAGCAAACUUGCAACAACACUAAAUGAACCCAGCAUUCCUGUACAGUCUGUGCUGGAGGAGACCAUAAAAACCACAGCAAGACAUGCAGAGGGAAUGGCUGUUCCUGACCAGCGGAAUAGAGAGCCCACCCAACCUGGAAGAGCAGCCACAGAGGAAUCCAUUAGUCUUAUUCAGAUUAACACAGAUGAUGCCAAAGCAUCUGUGCAGGAAUCUCUCACUCUCACAGACAAAAGCAAGGGUCUUAUCAAACUUACUACACAAAAAGCCUUAGAUGAACCCUUGAUCUCUGAACAGGUCAGCAAACAAGACAUUGCCAUUUCAGGACACAAGGAGGAAACACUUAUUAGUCCUCAAGAGAAAUCAGCAGAAGAACAAGAAGCCCCAGUUAUAGACAUAAACAUAGAGGAUGAACCAGAGAUGCUGGAAGCAGCCAUCAAAAUCCAAGCAGCAUUCAAGGGCUACAAGACCCGCAAGGACAUGCGGCCUGUCUUCAAAGAGGUAUUCAAAAACCAAAGUGUGGAAAUUACUGGCACUAUUCGUCUUCAGUGUGUUGUGGAGGGUAAGCUGAGUUCAGUACGAUGGCUAAAAGAUGGCGACGAGAUAAGAUCUAGCACACGCUUUCAUAUCAAGAAGCAAAAUGAUGGUUCCUGCUCAUUGACCGUUGACAAUGUCACUCAGAAGGACACAGGAAUAUACACAUGUGAAGCUGUAAAUACAUUUGGUACCAUCAGCUACAAUGGAAACGUAACAGUAACAGAAGAAGAGACCUCUGCAAAGGCUCCUCCACAACUUCCACCAAAACCAGCUUCUGUCUUAGUGUCUGUGAAAGAUAGACCGGAAACCUUAAAACUGAAAGGGGACUCCUUGCGGCAGGUGUAUGAUCUCCCAAAGGUUGAGGAGCAUGUUGCAACCAAAGAGAAGCGUAGAAGUCUGAUAUCAGUAAGCUCUGUGUCCUGUGCAUCUGACUAUGAUACAGCACCAGAUGGAAUAGAAUCCCUUUCCGACUUUGGUUCUGGAGACUACCUUUCCCCAAUAGAAACAGAUCUGGAAAAGGCACCCAUGGAAAGUGAGCCACCUCAAACCACAGAGGAACCAGAAAUAAUCACUCUUGAAUCUCAGAAAUCUUCCACACAACUUCAAGUGACAACGGGCAGUUUACCAAUGAGCAGGACCCCCUCACCGAAGUAUUCACCUUCACGUAAACCAUCUACCGCGGAAUCACUCUCAGAAUCAGAAGGAGAUGAAGACAGAGGAGAGAUAUUUGAUAUCUAUGUGGCCAAGUGUGACUGCAACCCCACUGGAGGAAGCACGGAGGCAUUUGUGCUGAAAGAGGGACAGUAUGUGGAGGUGCUGGACUCUGUGCAUCCCAUACGCUGGCUGGUGCGUACCAAGCCCACCAAGACCACUCCAGCUCGUCAAGGCUGGGUGUCUCCGGCCUACCUGGAAAAGAAGGGGCGGGAACCAUUUUCUCUGGCAUUUGAGUCACUGUCUGCGAGAGUGGGAAAAGAACCCACCAGUGAGGAAUUUAAGAACACUGUGAGUGAGUUGGCCCAGGGUCUUCUGAGUGGGGAGGAGGAGUUUGUGAGGGAGCUGGGCUUCCUGGUAUCCCACCACCUGCGCUACCUGGAGACCAACCCCAAGGUGCCGCUCACCAUCUUCAGCCAGAAGGAGUACAUCUUUCGCAACAUCAAAGACAUCACAAACUUCCAUGAGAGGUCCAUUCUUCCUAAGUUGCAGAACUGCUCCACAGAUGAUGACGUGGCCAUGUGCUUUGUGAGCCAAGCCUCUGACUUUGAGAAGUACCUUCAGUACAUGGUUGGCCAAUCCCAGGCAGAGGCUUGCCUCAAUGACAAGAACACGCAACACUUCUUCCAGAAAUAUGAGGAGAUUCAGCUGGCUCAUGUGGAAUCUGAAGUGCUUAGUGUCAGUACGUAUUUACAGAGGCCGUUGGAGCGAGUGGAGACCUACAAGGCCCUGCUGAAGGAGCUCAUUAGGAACAAGGCCAAAUUUGGUCGUAACUGUGCUCUGCUGGAGGAUGCCUUCUCUGUGGUGUCCAGUCUGCCGUGGCGUGCUGAGAACAUGGAGCAAGUGGCUAUGAUCGAGAACUACCCUGCCCCUCUCAGCGGACUUGGAGAGCCCAUACGGCAGGGUCCAUUCACAGUGUGGGAGGAGUCACCUGGAACGAAGCUGUCAUUCCGUGGUCAGCAACGUCACGUCUUUCUCUUCAAAGAUUGUGUCAUCUUCUGCAAGCUCAAGAAAGACCCUGACACACACAAUGACACCUACAUAUUUAAAAGCAAGAUGAAGCUGGCUGACAUCGAGGUGAAGGAGGCUGUGGAGGGGGACGAGCGGGCGUGGGGGUUGUGGCACGAGCACCGUGGCACCGUGCGUAAGAUCACCUUGCAGUCGCGCUCCGUCCUCCUCAAGCUGUCCUGGCUCAAGGACCUCAGGGACCUGCGACAACGCAGCUGUCUGACCUCUCGCUGUGCACCUCACUUCGAAGCACUGCUGGGUGACUGCACCACCAAACUGGGCCAGACGAUCAAACUAUCCUGCAAGGUCACAGGCUCUCCUAGGCCAGUGGUCACCUGGUUCAAAGACGGCCUGUCUCUGGAGAUGGACGAGCAGCACAUCAUCUCGGAGAGCAACACGGGCACCUGCUGCCUGGUACUAACAGGGUUAACCAUGGCCGACUCGGGCCAGUACAUUUGCUACGCCUCCAGCAGCAUGGGAAACGCUAGCACCAUGGCCAAGAUCAUAGUGGACGUACCUCCCAGCUUCAAGAUUAAACUUCAGACUCUCCAGCUGGAUAUUGGGAAAGACAUGCAGUUCAAGUGCUCUACGCUCUGCAAUCCUUUACCUAGAAUCAGGUGGUUCAGAAACAGUAAGUUGUUGGAGAGCCAUAAGAAGUACCAGAUUGACUCCGACCCUCAGACUGGCCUGUUGACUCUCACUAUAAAGAGGGCUGGGAAAGUAGACCUGGGCACUUAUGAAUGCGAGCUGUGGAAUAAGCUGGGAAGUGCCAAAUGCAAAGCUGAGCUUAUGCGUGUCCCGACCACCCCCACGGAAAUACCACUGGAGAGAGACCUCCCUGUGUCCGUCAAAGAGCCAGAGGCCGAGGCUGAGACCUGGUCCACUUCCCUGGUGAAGAACUGGCUUCAGAUGUUCUUUCAGCCCGCCCCUGAACCGGCCACUGCAAGCACGGCUGGAACUAAGCAGAAGGAACUCCCCCAAGCUGCACCGAAGCCUACACUGAAGAAGACUGAUCCUGGUCCAAAGCAGGAAGAGCUGGUUCAUGAGGAGGAAGAGGACGCAGAGACAGAUCCCCCAUCCAUCCAGGUGCCUAUGGAGGAUCAGUGUGUCAAACUGGGGCAUCCGGCCACUCUCUCCACCAUCAUCACAGGGCAGCCUCUGCCAGAGGUGUACUGGCUGAAGGACGGACUGGAGGUGGUGCCCAGUGAGAAUGUGGAGAUGGAGUACUUUGGGGCGCGCUGCUCGCUGAGCCUGCAGUGCGUGACCCUGGAGGACUGCGGCACCUACACCUGUGAAGCGGAGAACAGCACCGGGCACGUCUCCUGCAACGCCCAGCUCAUGGUGGAGUCCCAAGCUCCAGAGGUGGGGACACCAGAAGAGAUGGAGGUGGAACUUGGCAGACGGAAGCUACUGUCAGUCUAUGAGGUCCAUGAUGAGAUGGGAAGGGGCACGUUUGGUGUGGUGAAGAAAGUGUCUCACAGGGCGACGGGGGAGAUGUUUGCUGCCAAGUUUCUGCCCCUGAGGAGCAGCACCAGAACCAGGGCCUUCCAGGAGAGGGACCUGCUCUCACGCCUUGCCCACUCCAGGGUGGCCUGCCUCCUGGACUUCUUCUGCACCAGACGCACCCUGGUUCUGGUCACAGAAAUGUGUUCCUCACAAGACCUUCUAGAUCAUUUGUUACUGAAAGGCUCUGUGAAAGAAAUGGAGGUUCAGAUGUUUAUUCGUCAGAUUUUGGAGGGCCUUGCUCAUAUCCACAGUCUCAACAUCCUCCAUUUGGACCUCAAAACUGACAACAUCCUGAUGGUGUCUCCAGCCAAAGAGGAGGUGAAGAUCUGUGAUUUUGGCUUCUGCCAGGAGAUUGACACCUCCAGGCACCAGUACAGCAAGUUUGGAACCCCGGAGUUCGUGGCUCCAGAGAUUGUCCACCAGGAACCAGUCACAAUGGGAACUGACAUCUGGUCCCUGGGUGUUGUGGCUUAUUUAUGUCUGACGUGCCACUGCCCGUUUUUCGGGGAUAAUGAUCGUGCGACCCUGAUGCGGGUUGCCGAGGGAUCGCUGUUUUGGGACACCCCUGAGGUCACCUGCAGAAGCCAGGAGGCCCAGGACUUCCUCCACAAAGUCCUACAGCCACUCCCAGAAGUGCGUCCAUCAGCCUCCCAGUGCUUAGCACACCAGUGGUUCCAGGGUCAGUAUGAGGAACCCGGGAGCAUUAACACAAAGAAUUUGAAAUCUUUCAUUGCAAGGAGAAAAUGGCAGCACUCCCUGACGUGCGUGGGCUCGGUGCUCACCCUGCGGCCCAUCCCAGACCUGCUGGACGCCCCGCCUGAGGAGGUGUCCAUCACGGCCCCCCGGGAGCCCCACGAGCCCAGCAGCACCUCCCUCAGCAGCGCCUCCUCCUCCGAAUACGACGACGCAGACGUCUGGGAGUGCUUCCAUCACUUCAACCCCGAAGAUGAGGACGACUGGGAUGAAGAGGAGGAGGAAGAGGAAGAAGAGGAGGAACUGGAAGAGGAGGAAGAGGAGGAGGAGUUUGAGCUGCCUCAGGUGAAGUUGGCGGAGACUACAGGUAGGGGCAGAACGCUGCAGGAGAUGGGUCGUACCCGGGUGGACGAGGAGGACUCGAUGCUGGAGAGAGGAGGUCUUCAGCGGGGAGCCCUGGUGUUCCCUACUAGCAAGCCUAAGGACCAGGAGCAGCAGCCUGAUGGUGGGCGGAGCAGCCCGUCGCUCUACCUCUCUGAGGGGGAAGAGAGCAGAGAGCUGCAUUCUCCUGCCCCUGCUCAACAACCAGAGCGCUUGAUCAUCCCUCGGAACCGUCUGAUCCGCAGCAUGUUCCACAGCAGCUCGCACCAGCUCUCGCCCAUGUCAGCCCGACACAUGUUGAGCCACAAGCCGCACACAGCGCGCAAGCAGGAGCGCGGACGCAAGCCGCUCCGGUCGAGCCUCUCCGGCCGCCUCAACGAGCCACUCAUAGAGUACGUGGAGGACGCGCCCGAGAAUGGAGGUGGUGGGGCUGGAGGAGCUGGCAGUGGUGGAGGAGGAGGAGGUCAGAGAAGGGGCUCGGGGCAAAACACCAUGCUCAAGUCCUGCUCAUUUGAUAGCGGCGUCAGCCUCAUCCACCCGCUCUCUGCCCAGCGAAGGAGCAGGUCCCUAGACGAGUCCACCAGGAGGACUCCACUGCGGGAGCCAGGGGAGGAAGAAGAAGAGGAGGAGGGGGAGGUAGAAGAGGAGGUGGAGGAGGAGGUGCAGGCAUUGUUCAGGCAUAAGGGUAUGUCGACAGAUGAGGAGGAAAUAGGGGUGGAACAUGCCCAGGAGAGCUCAUCUCCAAAGCAAGUGGCCACUAGAGACAGGAGGCAGAGCGUGGUAGCACCGGCUACCAGCGAUAGGAGGCAAAGUAUAGUGGCGGCACUACCAGCAACCACCAGUGAGAGGAGGCAGAGUGUGGUAGCUGUGCCACCAGCGGCUACCAGUGACAGAAGGCAGAGUAUAGUCGCCGAAGUGAAGCCCAGGACUCAAGGGGUAGAUGAGAGGGAGGCGGUCGUUGAAGCUGCCCCAGAGAGCCGACCUCUGGUUCCCCCACCCAGGAGGCGAAGAGGGUCCAGACGUCCCUCAGAGGGAGAGAACCUUGGCAGUUCCCAGACCUCUCUUGCCGAGUCUUACACUCUAGACUCUGAGGCGUCCAGCAGAAUGGGUUCCACUGAGGACUUCUCAGCUGCUGCCACUGGUCUCGCUGGUCUUCCCAGGAGAGAGCAGAGGCCCUUGUCUGCAAUGGCCUCGUCUUACCUGCACACUUCGGACGAGGAGGACGGUCAUAAACGGCAACCCCCGACCCCACCAAGCCGGAGAUACGGGUCCAGGCUUAGCCUGCAAAUAGAGAGGGGUGACCUGUCCCUUAAACGCAGUCCCUCGCGCCUCUCGGACCAGGUUCCCAGCAUGCCCGCAACGCCAGGUCCUCCAGAGGUGCUCCAGAGGCACGCUUCAGCCCCAGCCCUGGAGGUCAAGCAACCCAGUGGGAAGUCUCCAAAGAUCGGCCUCAUGAAGCUGUUUCGCAGGCAGUCCUGGACCGGACUGUCGUCCUCCCAGCCUGAUGUUGGUGGUGGUGGUGGUGGUGGAGGUGGUGGAGGGGAGAGGAAGCAGAAGAAAGAGAAGGAGGCCUCUGUGACCUCGCCGUCCAAAAGCCCAAUGCUGACCCUGAAGAAGAAGAUGAGAUCCUCAGCUUCAAAUCUUACCAAACUCUUCACCAAGCAGACCAGUAAGGAGGAGAAGUCCAAGAGUGGUCCCAUCUAUAAAGGUCCUCCUCCAGUGUCCCCACAGAGGGCUCGCUCUCCUCUCGGCUCUGCCCCAACGCUAAGCUCAAGCAGCCCACAGAAGAAAACCCCCAAGCAAUUCUUCCAAGCCCUCCCAUCUCCCCAAGCGCUUAUCCCACCUGCUUUCAAGAAAAUCAAAGAGGUGACUGUCCGCCCGUCCAGACCAGACGUGCACCAGCUGGCAGGAGGGGGCGUGCUGCUGGUUUGGAGACCCGUCAAGUGCAGCGAGUCCUUCACCUACUGCUUACAGUACAGCACUGCAGGUGGAGUGGUGGAGUGGAAGCUGCUGGCGGAGGAUGUGGCUGACAGCUGCUACACGGUCAACUCCCUCCCCAAGGGCCCGGGCUACGUCUUCCGCGUCGCCUGCGUCACCAAAACAGGAGCGGGUCCCUUCAGUGACCCCACCGUGCUGGCCUACAUGGCUAUCCACCAUGAAGACUCCCACAUUCCUCUUAUUCAAAAGGAAUCCCUGAGGUCAAAGGUCAUUGUGACAGGGGGGCAGGGCCCCCAUAAGAUCUACUCUUUCCUCUCAGAGAUCAACAGGGGCCGCUUCAGUGUGGUGGCCCAGUGUCGGGAGGAGCAGAGCCAGCAGUACCUGGCAGGCAAGAUCACCCCGUACCGGCCCGAGCAGCGGCAGCUGGUGCUGAGGGAGUACCAGCUGCUCAAGAGGCUCAACCACCCCCACCUGGUGCAGCUCCACUCGGCCCUCAUCAGCCCCGACUACCUGGUGCUGCUGGAGGAGCUGUGUGCCGGACGGGAGCUCCUCUACAACCUGGCCGAGAGGGAGGCGUAUGCGGAGGUGGAUGUGAGUGAGCUCCUGGACCAGAUCCUGAGCGCCGUCGACUACCUGCACAGCCGCCGCAUGAUGCAUCUGGACCUCAAGUCCGACAACAUGCUGGUCACCGACGGCAACGUGGUGAAACUGGUGGACCUGGGAUCGGCACAGCUCUACACGCCAGGCCAGGCCGUCAAAUUGGAGCACCUCAAGGAGCUGAGUGAGAACAAGGUUUACAUUGUCCUUCCCAAAGCUCCUGAAAUCUUGGAAGGCCAAGGCGUUGGGCCCGAGACGGAUAUCUGGGCGAUUGGGGUGUUGGCGUUCAUCAUGCUGAGUGCCGACAGCCCAUUCCAGGCGGACCUGAACUUCGAGAGGGACCGCAACAUCAAGAAGGGCAAGAUCCAGUUUGGCCGCUGCUACCCGGGCCUGUCAGAGGGAGCCGUUAACUUCAUGAAGUCCACACUCAACAACAAGGCCUGGGGGAGGCCCUCGGCUGGGGAGUGUCUGCAGAGUGCUUGGAUCCGGGGGGAGCCGCGCGCCGCUGCCAGGUCCCCUGACUCCAUGGUCUGCUUCUCCACUGACAAGCUGCAGGCCUUCCUUCAAGAGCGAGAGGCCAAGCGCGACCACAUACGCACCAAGGCCAAGGUCCCCCUCCUGCCCUAGGCCACUGGGCCAAGGGGGGUGGUGGCCUGCUAAACUAUAGCCACUCCUAACCUACUUACAGUAUAUUUUGCGCUGAGGGUCUGGGUUCGGUUCUGUUGACAUGUUUUUACAGAACAUUGACAUUGUAUGUCUGUGGGAAUGGGUAAAAUCUAUGGUAGCCAAUCAGCGAAUAGAAGUAUUUGUGAAUGGUGGUCCCAAUGGUAAAAAAAUGGUGUUGUACUACAUUAUAAAAACUACUUUAUAAAAACACACUGUCCCCUUUAUAGUAUGGCCAACAUUAUGCGGACCCAUGUUCGAGUCUGGCUUUGUUCAUUUCCAAAACCUACCCCAAAUCUCCAUCUUAACAGUCAUGUAUGUAAAAAAAGGCAAAAAGAAAAUUCCAGAACACUUUUUUUUUAAUCCAGAGAUUUGGUGAAAGCAUAUGAAAUCGUUUUGAACCUCUGCAGAGUCUACUUCUCCAACAAGAAUAUGUUUUCAUACAGUAAAAAGCCAGGCCCUCUACCCAAAUUAAGUGUAGUACAAGGGGGAAUGGUUUAGCAGGCUGCCCGAGGGGGAGCCCUGAUGUCAAUUGUCAAAAGUGUUCAAAUGUGAAAAUGUGAAUCUUUUGUGUGAAAACUUUGAAAGAUUUUUGCUAUUUGUCUUUUUAAUGCUGCUGUCUUUCAAACAUGGCCUUAGUAUGUAAUAAAGUACUGUACAGUUGUAAGAUGAUUUCACAAUGGUCACAAUUGUCAGUAACAUGCAAAUGUUUAGGUGUGAUCAAGUGCCAAAUGAUUUUAAGAGUGACUGAUUGAAAACUGCCACAAUAUUGUCCCUGGUUUAAAAUAAAUGUUAUGUAGUUACACAAUCGAAAGGUCAAAUCUUGGACAGCAACAUGGUUUAAUUUAUUUAAUUAAAAUGAAUGUUUUAUGAAUAAUUUUGUGUUGCUCUGGAAUGUAAGGUUAGUUUGAAAUAAUGUUUUCAAAUGGUCUUACUGUAAGAAUACAUGCUAUUAAUAGAAGAGUUUGUAUUAAAUUAUAACUAUGACUCUUAUAAAUUGCCUUUUGUGAUAUCAGGGAUUAUCAUAAAUUAACAAGACAUCAACUGCAUGGAGGCAAUAUCUGUUUGCUGUAGAGUUUCUGCUUGUUUUUCAUGUUGUUUAAUUUCUUUCCUUUACAUUUCGGAAUGAUGGAAAUGUGUUGUUUUGAAAUAGUUUGGUGCACUGACUAAACUUGUUCUCCAAUAAAGAGUUGCUUG